AUGGUUUUUUUUGUUGUAUGUGUACUUAGAGGAACAAAAACUAUUAUUCCAGAUAAAGUCAUAAAGGUGUUACAUACAGAAAGUUCUCAAUUUUAUGAUAUCUUUAAUAUAAUAACAAAUAAUCAAUUUGAAGAUUGUGUUGUUCGAGAAAUAAUUAUUAAUGAGAUUUUUACUUUAAUAUCUUCGAUACAAAAAUAUGCAAAAAAUUUAGAGCAAAUUAAUCAAGCUGUGAAAGAAAUACAUUUGAGUAAAACUCCAGCAUGUCAGUCAGCUAAUGAUUUAAAACCUAUUCAUCUUCCAGAUGAUAUUUUUAAUUCACUAGAUUGGUUACCAGAUCCGAUUCUUUCUACAGCCAAUAAUGAUCAAUAUGCUAAAUUUCAAUCAGUAUAUCGAUCAACAAUAUCUGAACAAUAUCAUCCAAUAUUUAUAACAACAAUUACAAAUAAUAAAUAUGCAUCAUCAUCUAUUUUAGUAAAUAUACGAGUUCGAAAAUUUAUUCAAUACUUUCAAUGUAGAAAAAUACGUUGUUUAUAUAGUAAAUAUGCAUUAUCUGCAGAGAAUAAAAUAGUAUGCCAAAUUGCUAUAAAUAAUUGGAACUAUAGUUGUGGAUCACUAUUUGUUCCAGAAAACCAUAUUCUAUAUGAUGAAGUUUUUGUAAGAGAAAAAAUUAGUUAUGAAACACCAAUAGAAUUAGCAUAUUAUUCUU